AUGGAGAAAAUAGGUGGGGGCAGAGGGAGAGGGAGAAGAGGCCAGGGUAUAAAAACGGCCCACAAGGGACCAAUUCCAGGACCCCAGGACCCAGCUCCCCAGACAGCUCAGGGUCCUGUGGACAGCUCACCAGCUGUAAUGGCUGCAGGCCCUCGGAUCUCCAUGCUCCUGGCUUUCGCCCUGCUCUGCCUGCCCUGGACUCAGGAGGUGGGCGCCUUCCCAGCCAUGCCCUUGUCCAGCCUGUUUGCCAACGCUGUGCUCCGGGCCCAGCACCUGCACCAACUGGCGGCUGACACCUACAAAGAGUUUGAGCGCGCCUACAUCCCGGAGGGACAGAGAUACUCCAUCCAGAACACCCAGGCUGCCUUCUGCUUCUCGGAGACCAUCCCGGCCCCCACAGGCAAGGACGAGGCCCAGCAAAGAUCGGACGUGGAGCUGCUCCGCUUCUCGCUGCUGCUCAUCCAGUCGUGGCUCGGGCCCGUGCAGUUCCUCAGCAGGGUCUUCACCAACAGCCUGGUGUUUGGCACCUCGGACCGCGUCUAUGAGAAGCUGAAGGACCUGGAGGAGGGCAUCCAGGCCCUGAUGCGGGAGCUGGAAGAUGGCAGCCCCCGGGCUGGGCAGAUCCUCAAGCAGACCUACGACAAAUUUGACACAAACAUGCGCAGUGAUGACGCACUGCUCAAGAACUACGGGCUGCUCUCCUGCUUCAAGAAGGACCUGCACAAGGCUGAGACGUACCUGCGGGUCAUGAAGUGUCGCCGCUUCGUGGAGAGCAGCUGUGCCUUCUAGUUGCCGGGCAUCUCUGUUACCCCUCCCCAGUGCCU